AGCAAGGCAAAGUUGGAGCAGAAGACGGGAAAUGGGGAAUGGGAGUUUCAGUACUCCGUCCCUGGUGACCGAGUUUCAAGAACCCAGCAGACACGAAUACAAACUCCAAGUCCUGGCCAACCUCGCAAAGUCGCUACGAUCCAGUCAACUAGAAUUUUUAGACAACUCACGUCCUCGUCUUUUUCUCGAUGUAAUGGCGGAGGAUAAGGACGAGCAGAUGGUGAAUUUGCAAUGGGAG